CGAACCCAUGACCUCUGACUCCAAAGCUCGGGCUCUUUCCACUGAGCCACGAGUUGGCCGGUGCCCGUUUCAUGCAGAAAGAAGACAUCCCUGCCAAUCGUUUUUCCAAGUUAAACAAGAAAUAACUGAGGUCGUGGUGGAAGAGGAUGCCUCCAAACUGGCCGAGCAGCCAACUCCAGUCAGGACGCCGGCCCGCUUUUACCUCCUUCCUUCCCAUCGUUUUUGUUAUUAAACACUUAUGGAGACUCCCCCCAAAAAGGGAAUUUUUUAGAAUUACCAGAGCCAGUGGGCCUGUAAGUUUUCAGGAUAUCUGAGGGGACCAGGACCUUGGAUUGAAGACAGAACACUGAACAAACCACUGAUCUUCAAUACUUUCUGAAGACAUAACUCUGAUACUAAUUUUGUACUGGGCAAUGCUCAGAUAGUGGACUGGCCGAUUGUCUACAGCAAUGAUGGAUUCUGCAAACUCUCAGGAUAUCACAGAGCAGAGGUUAUGCAAAAAAGCAGCACCUGCAGUUUUAUGUAUGGGGAGCUGACUGACAAAGACACAGUUGAGAAGGUGCGGCAAACGUUUGAGAACUAUGAGAUGAAUUCUUUUGAAAUCUUGAUGUACAAAAAGAAUAGGACACCUGUGUGGUUCUUUGUGAAAAUUGCUCCAAUUCGAAAUGAACAGGAUAAAGUGGUUUUAUUUCUUUGCACUUUCAGUGACAUAACUGCUUUCAAACAGCCAAUUGAGGAUGAUUCAUGUAAAGGUUGGGGAAAAUUUGCUCGCCUGACGAGAGCAUUGACAAGCAGCAGGGGAGUGCUGCAGCAACUGGCCCCCAGCGUCCAGAAGGGGGAGAACGUCCACAAGCACUCACGGCUGGCUGAGGUUUUGCAGCUGGGCUCAGAAAUUCUCCCACAGUAUAAACAAGAGGCACCAAAGACUCCACCCCACAUCAUCUUGCACUAUUGUGUUUUCAAGACCACCUGGGAUUGGAUUAUUUUGAUUUUAACCUUUUACACAGCCAUUUUAGUCCCCUAUAAUGUCUCCUUUAAGACUAAGCAGAACAAUGUGGCCUGGCUGGUUGUGGACAGCAUUGUAGAUGUCAUCUUCUUGGUGGACAUUGUGUUGAAUUUCCAUACCACCUUUGUGGGGCCAGCCGGGGAAGUGAUUUCUGAUCCAAAACUCAUCCGCAUGAACUACUUGAAGACUUGGUUUGUGAUUGAUCUGCUCUCCUGCCUGCCAUAUGAUGUCAUCAAUGCAUUUGAGAAUGUGGAUGAGGGCAUCAGCAGCCUCUUCAGCUCACUGAAAGUGGUCCGGCUGCUCCGCCUGGGGCGAGUGGCCCGCAAGCUGGAUCACUACAUCGAGUAUGGAGCCGCAGUCCUGGUCCUGCUCGUGUGUGUGUUUGGUUUGGCGGCUCACUGGCUGGCCUGCAUCUGGUACAGCAUCGGAGACUACGAGGUCAUCAACGAGGACACCAACACAAUCCGCAACGAGAGCUGGCUCUAUCAGCUGGGGGUGGAUAUCGGGACCCCUUAUCAAUUCAAUCUCUCUGGUUCCGGAAAGUGGGAAGGUGGCCCAAGCAAGGAUUCCGUGUACAUCUCCUCCUUGUAUUUUACCAUGACCAGCCUCACCAGCGUGGGCUUUGGGAACAUCGCCCCGACAACCGAUGGAGAGAAGAUCUUCGCCGUGGCCAUGAUGAUGAUCGGCUCCCUGCUAUAUGCAACCAUCUUUGGAAAUGUGACCACGAUCUUCCAACAGAUGUAUGCAAAUACCAACCGCUACCAUGAGAUGCUCAACAGUGUUCGGGAUUUCUUGAAGCUUUACCAGGUUCCAAAAGGCCUGAGUGAGCGGGUCAUGGAUUACAUAGUCUCUACUUGGUCCAUGUCAAGAGGAAUAGACACGGAAAAGGUUUUGCAGAUCUGCCCCAAGGAUAUGCGAGCAGAUAUCUGUGUGCAUCUCAACCGCAAGGUGUUCAAGGAGCACCCUGCGUUCCGGCUGGCCAGCGACGGGUGCCUGCGUGCCCUGGCCAUGGAGUUCCAGACCGUGCACUGCGCCCCCGGAGACCUGAUCUACCAUGCUGGCGAAAGUGUCGACAGCCUGUGCUUUGUCGUGUCGGGAUCCCUGGAGGUGAUUCAGGACGAUGAAGUUGUUGCUAUUUUGGGUAAAGGAGAUGUCUUUGGAGAUGUAUUUUGGAAAGAAACCACUCUUGCCCAGUCCUGUGCUAAUGUGAGGGCUUUGACAUACUGUGACCUGCAUGUGAUUAAGAGAGAUGCCUUGCAGAAAGUCCUGGAGUUCUACACGGCCUUUUCUCACUCAUUCUCCAGAAACCUUAUUCUCACUUACAACUUACGGAAAAGGAUCGUGUUUCGGAAGAUCAGCGAUGUGAAGCGGGAAGAGGAAGAGAGGAUGAAGAGGAAGAAUGAGGCUCCACUCAUCUUGCCGCCCGAUCACCCCGUCCGCCGUCUCUUCCAGAGAUUCCGGCAGCAGAAGGAGGCGCGGCUGGCGGCGGAGAGAGGGCGGGACCUGGAUGACUUGGACGUGGAAAAGGGCAAUAUCCUGGCAGAGCACACCGCCACCCACACCAUUGUGAAAGCCAGUAUCGUCACCGUCAGGGAAAGCCCAGCCACCCCGAUUGCCUUCCAGGCAGCCUCCACCUCCGCCGCGGCCGACCACGCCAAGCUGCAGGCCCCGGGGUCAGACCAUGGGGGCAACAGGGGGCUGGGAUCCGGGGACUGCCCCAAGCGCAAGGGCUGGGCCCGUUUCAAAGAUGCCUGCGGGAAGGGCGAGGACUGGAACAAGGUCUCCAAGGCUGAGUCCAUGGAGACCCUCCCAGAGAGAACUAAGGCUUCGGGCGAAGCCACGCUGAAGAAGACAGACUCUUGCGACAGUGGUAUCACCAAAAGUGACUUGCGUUUAGACAACGUGGGUGAGGCCAGGAGCCCCCAGGACCGAAGCCCAGUGCUCGCUGAGGUCAAGCACUCAUUCUACCCUAUUCCCGAGCAGACUCUGCAGGCCACCAUGCUUGAGGUGAAGCACGAGUUGAAAGAGGACAUCAAGGCCUUAAAUACCAAAAUGACAAACAUUGAAAAACAGCUCACUGAGAUACUAAGGAUAUUAACUUCCAGAAGAUCCUCUCAGUCCCCACAGGAGCUGUUUGAAUUAUCUAGGCCCCAGACUCCUGAAUCAGAGAAGGACAUUUUUGGAGCAAGCUGAGAGGCUGGUUUUACAAACACACACGCACACACAAGUGCGUGUGUUCACUCUCACGAACACACACACACACACACUCAGUUAACAUUCGAACAGUGGGCUUUUCCUGAUGAAAAUCAAUAAGGGACCAGUACAUUAAGCAUGCUCCCACUCUCUGAAAAAAGGUACCAUCAGAGGAAUUGCAACCCCCUUGCAAGAUGGCAGCUGAUUUUGGCGUCUCUUUGCACAAUUUUGGAAGAGAGAGUACAAUUUCCAAAGGAUGGAGAGAGAGAGAGAGAAUGGAAUUGGGAGUUCAUGCUGAAAAUCAAUAGCUGAGGAGCUUCUAAAUAUACUGAAGAUACAACUCCUUUGAAUUCUUCUUUUUCCUGAUGCCUCUGAAGCCAUCUCAUUUGCUGGAUCUCAGUUGCUGUGUCCUAUGGCGGAGAUCAAGGCUUGCUCCAGCCUCGCAGUUCUGUCAGAGGUACUGAUGGAUAAAGGGGUUUGGGGAACCUUAAUUCUCUCACUUUGCCUGCUGCUGUCCCACCCCACCCCUUUGGAUGAAGGGUUGGAGGGGAUCCCUAGUUCAGAACAUUGGACCCAGCUCUCUGCAAGCCUAUUGUGGCAUGUGACCCCUUGAGGGGAGGCAGCAGCAAAGCCCCUGUCGUCAGUGAGAACUGGCCAGCACUUCCGAGACCGCUGAUGGGAACUGAUUCCGGGAGCUCCGUCGGAAGUACAACAUCUCACAACCAUGAAUUCAGUUACGUUCCAGUCCAGCCUAUCCGCAAUAAAGACAUUUAGCCUUAAGACCACUUCAGAUUGACAGGACUCCCUUUUCUGUCGUAUUCACAGAGUUCGAUCAGCUCCUCGAGUUUAAAGGAAGGCCCGCGUAAUGAAUUAGUGCUAUUGCUCCACUUUCAGUCUUCUCGUUAGCUUAGAAAUGACCUUGCCCAAAUCAGGAUCCAUGAUCUCAGCAUCGCAGCACGUUUGCCCAUUCAAAAACUGACACAUCGUGACUGACACUGGAGCGACUGGGUCGGGGAGAUUUCUUUUUUUUCCUUUCCAGUUCAACAGAGCUAAUGUGAAAUUACCUGCAGCUGUGAUUUUUCAACUGAAAUCUAAGCAUGGUGGAUGCAGCUUUGGUCUGUGAUUCCAGAACAACUCCAGAACUGCUUUGAAAUACUACAACGUCAUGGAACCCCUGGGUUUUCUCUAGGAAACUUCAGAUGGAGUGGCACAUCCACAACAUGCAGCCACUCAGGAGUCAGAGGGAUCAGGUCAAAGGUCAAACAAGAAGUUCCCCAAACUUGUAUCAGAUGGAACUGUCUGAUGAUGAUGACACUGUUUUCUAAUGAAUGUGCUAUCUAAUAAUGACAUUCAACCAAUAUUUGUAAUCUGUUGGAAUCUGCGUUCAAUAUUUAUCCGCCACUGCAUGGACACUGAUUGAUAUGCAGUUAUACAGUUGUUCUGGUGCUUUCCAGUGUGUUACACUUGUUUCCAUCCCUUCAAAGUCCACCAGGCCUUCUGCUGUUGGGUUUUUUCUUUUUUUUCUUUGCAUUUGUCACUUUGGUCAAAUGAGCAUGAAUAAACAGCAGUGCCCAUGAGCAGACACUGUUUUGGUGGUCAGCUGCGGAUGCUGCCAGUAGCUCUACUGUAUAUCUCCAGUUUUGGAAUGUUCAGAGGAAAAUUAAAUCACCUCCAUUAAUAAUAUUCCUUGAUCAACAUUUUUAAACAAGCACAAAUAAUAUUUGUAAAAAAGUUUAAUUUUAUUUAUUAUAGUAAUAAACUAUUUUAUACAUGA